ACACCAUCAGAAAAGAUGGUAGUAUUGUAAUGGAAACUAUAGUAAAUUUGCAAAACAAAAUUAGAUUAAUAAAAGAAGAACUAAUUAAUAUAGAAUACGCCAUUCAAUGGGCAAAGAAUGAUAUAAUUAACUCUGUAUUAUUAAGUAAGGAAGAAAUCGAAUUUUCAAUUAGCAAACUAAAAAAGGAAAAAGUUCCAUUUACAAGUGCCGAAGAUGCACUAAGAUUAGCAAAAAUAAACAUUUUUAGUAAAGAUAUGAAAAUCAUUUAUAUUAUUAAAAUACCCCUAACAUUAAGUGAAACAUUCAAAAGAAUAAUUGUAAGACCCGUUAAGAAAAUGAACAAUAUUAUAAUUGAAACAAAAUACAAAGAAAUUCUAAAAGGAAAAGAUAAAUUAUAUGGUAUCAAAAAUAAAUGUGAAACUUACAAUGAUUUAAUGAUUUGCAAAGAAGCAGAUGUCAUAGAUAUUAGUAAUGAUUUAUGUAUAUCUAGAAUAAUAAAUAGCUUAAAUUCUACGUGUAAUACCACCAAUGACCACCACAUACCAACAAUAGAAAAAAUAAAUAAAGGCAUAAUUCUACUCAAUAAAUUCAGCGGUAAAAUAGAAGCCGAUAAAAUGGCACAGGAGAUAAACGGGACCCAUGUUGUAAUAUUUUACAACACAACCAUUAGAAUCAACAAUAAAGUAUAUAGUAAUAUAGAAGUAAUGCCAAUUAAAUCUAUUCCAGCAAUAUUGCAGCCAACUCCAUUAGAGAAGGACCAUAUCGAGAUACUUUCGCUCGAGUCUCUAAAGGACUUACAUAUAAACAACACACAUAAAAUAAAUUCUCUCAAAAAGGCAACACUAUCCAUCGGAGGCUUAAUAUCCAUAACAUCCGUGAUAACAAUCGCACUUUUCAUUUUGCUAAAGAAAAGAUCAAUAAAGAUACAAUACAUCGAGAAGGAAGUAUUGAAGCCCAAAACAGGUAGCCCGCCACAAGAAAGUAAUGACAUUCCAACAUACGUAAAAUUCAACGACUUACCCUUCUAUUAAUGAUUGAGGACAAUCAUACUUAAGAGGGGAGGAGUUAACACCACACCUUACAAUACCUCGAAUUGGACAAUA